AUUGCUGAGAUUUUGAACUGGAAUCCCUUAUAUAUUAUUCAAUAUGUCUCAUUUCAAACUAAUAUCAUCAACAAAAGCAUCUGACGUGAUUCCUGUGAACAAAUACAAGUCGGAAAAAACAGGGCUAUCUGUAAUUAUAGCUGAUGUUGAGGGGCCGGUGGUGAACGGAUUUUUCUGUCUCGCGACCGAAGCCCAUGACGACGAUGGAUUGCCGCAUACAUUGGAACAUCUUAUUUUCCUUGGUUCAAACCGUUAUCCGUAUAAGGGUAUUCUAGAUUUGCUAGCUAAUCGGUGUAUGGCUCAAGGCACUAACGCGUGGACUGAUACUGACCACACCUGCUACACUAUAUACACGGCUGGCGACUGUGGAAUGUUGACGUUGUUACCAAUAUACUUGGACCACAUUUUGAAUCCUACACUAUCAGAUCAAGGUUUCCUGACUGAAGUACAUCAUGUGGAUGGAGAAGGUGAUGACGCAGGUGUUGUCUAUUGUGAGAUGCAGGGGCGAGAAAACACCGCAGACAGCAGGUGUGAGUUGAAGCUGUUGAGAGCAUCUUAUCCCAAUAGUGGGUACUCGGCUGAAACAGGAGGCAUCACCAAGAAUCUCAGAGAAUCUACUAACAACACUAAAGUACGAGACUUCCACAAGAAGUUCUACAGGCCAGAGAAUUUGACAAUCAUCCUAACAGGACAAAUUAAGGCGGAAGAUGUGUUCAAUUCACUGGCAACUGUGGAAGCGGACAUCAUUGCCAAGCGCGAGAAGGAAGAGUUGGAACCGUGGGUGAAACCGUGGCAGGCCAUCCCGCCUCUGCCCACCUAUGGCGAGUACAAGGAGCAGUGGCCAGCAGACACCGAGGACUGUGGACAGGUGUUAUUCGGGUGGCGCGGGCCUACGCUGACAGCGCCGUCAGCCACGAAGGAGCUGACAGCUUGCGCGGUGGCGCUGCGCUACCUGUGCGACACGGCCGCCGCGCCGCUGCAGCGCUGCCUAGUCGAGCGCGAGGACGCGAGGGCCGGCGACGUAUCCUACAACCUAACAGAGAACAUAGCCUCUCUGAUCAAGAUACAGCUCGACAAUGUCCCCGUGGACAAGCUGGAGUUAGCCCGGGACGAAGCGACCAAGUGCCUGCAGUGUGUCCGGGACGGGCGUGAACCGUUCAACAUGGAGCGCAUGACCAGACUGGUGAAGAAACAGCUCAGGGAAUGCUUUGCGGGGCUCGAGUCAGAUCCGCACCAUGCGAUCGCGUUUAGAUGUAUCGGGGACGCGCUUUACUCGCAGAAUGAGCAAGAUUUCAUAUCGCGACUGAAUCCCCAAGAGGCUCUACAAGAGCUCCUGACCGAAGGCGAGGAGUACUGGCGAGGCAUCAUGCAGAAGUAUUUCACCGACGAACUGGUCACCAUCGUGGGCUCGCCAAGCAUCAAGCUGCAAGACCAGAUGGCAGAAGAAGAAAAGAACAGAAUAGAAGCUCAAAGAAAGCGACUAGGAGAAAGUGGACUCGCAACGAAAGGAAAGAUUUUAGAGCAGGCGAUCGAAUUUAAUGAGCGACCUCCGCCGCCCGGCACGCUAGCCGGCGUGCCGGUGCCGCGCUGCGACGCGCUGCGCCGCCACGCGCUCGCCACCUGGAGCGACGACGGCGCGCCCUGCCCGCACUUCCACCUGCACCAGCUGCCCAUGUACGCCAGAAUACACAGCUUGAAGACCAACUUUGUUUAUAUAAACCUAAUCCUCGACACGACAAAAAUGGAUCAGAACACACGCAAAUGGCUGCCAAUUCAACUGAACGGGCUGGCGGAAUGCCCCGUGCGGCGCGGAGACAUCCUCGUACCUCACGAAGAGGUCAUAUCCACCACGGAACAGCUGACGGUCAUGUUCACUAAUGACAUGGGAUUUGGCAGGCCGGGCAACUUCUCGGUGGGACAGUUCGGCAACUUCAUACAUAUUGAAGUCAGGUGUGAACCGGGAGAUUAUGAGAAAGUGGUGGACAGCUUAUACGAAGUAUUGUAUGCUGCUGAAAUAACCAAAGAGAGGCUUUUGGUGUUCGCGCAGAGACUUAUUAACGACGUCGCACAGGUCCGCAGGAGUGGCCACAAGAUGGUGUACGAUCUUCUCCGGGACUCCGUAUACAGUUCGGACAGCAACAUCCACUGGUGCUCCGUACUCCGGCAACAGCAGUUCCUCAAAGAGCUCAUAGAGGGCCUCAACGCGGGCGGCGACCGAGCGGAGACCGUUCUACAGGAAGCUAGAGACUCGUUUAAGAAAAUGACGGAGAAUGUGUGGCUGCAUUUGGCGACGGACUUCGAGAGAUAUCCGCUGAGCACCGAGCCCUGGAAGAGGUUCCCUAAAGUUGGGAAAACUCCGCCGUCCCUGUACUGGGACGCGGCGCUGCUGGGCGGGUGGGGCGGCGGGUUCGUGGUGGGCGUGGGCGGCGUGGAGUCCUCGUUCCUGGCCGCGCUCAGCCCGGGGCCGCAGGGGCUGGUGCUGGAGCAGGCGGCGCCCUUGCUGGUCGCGCUCAACUACUUCACGCAGCUCGAGGGCCCGAUGUGGCGGCUGAUCCGCGGCUGCGGGCUGUCGUACGGGUACGGCGUGCGGCCGGCCUUCGGCGAGGCGCGCAUCGUGUUCUCGCUGUACCGCGCCACCAACGCCGUGCAGGCCUACACCAAGGCCAAGUCCAUUGUGGAAGAAUAUCUGUCUGCGGGUAAAUUCGACGAGGACUUGUUCGAGUCCGCCAAGAGCACGGCGCUGUUCGAGGUGGUCGAGAACGAGAAGUGCACCGCCGACGUCGUUUCACAGUCGCUGCUUAACUACUUCAAACAAGUCUCGGAAAACUACAACAGGGACCUCGUGUGUGCCAUAGCGUCGGUGACGCCGGAGACGGCGCACGCGGCGGCGGCGCGGUGGCUGCCGAGCUUGUUCGACGUCGGCCAGAGCAAGACCUCCAUCGUCUGCCACCCCAGCAAGGUCAAGGAGCUGCAGGCUGCCUUCGAGAAGAUCAAUGUGAAACUGGAUGCAUUCGAAUCAAUGGAGGCCUCGCAUUUCAACAAAUGAGAACCUAAUUACGUACUGGCAGUUACUGCAAACUGC